AUGCCUAGUGAGAAGACUUGGAUGUUUUCCGUUGGCGGUAACAGAAAACCAGCCAACUUUAUAGAUACAGACGGGUAUUUGAAAGGAGCCGAUAUUGAUUUGAUUAAAUCAGUAUGUGAAAUCGCAAACAAAAAGUGUGAGAUAACUGUUCAACCAUUUGAAGAAUGCGUUAGAACAGUUCGUGAUAGAAUAUACCCAGGCAUAGGUAUUAUGGGGAAAUGGUAUGAUGCUUGUGUUGGUUAUGUGUCUAUCCCAGAGAGAUUGAACUCCAUGGCAUUCACAGAUGCCUAUGCGAAUGCAGUUGCUACUUUUACUGUUUUAAAAGGAAAUCCCCGUAAUUUUAAUCCUGAUAAUGUUUCAGAGAGUGUAAUCACUACUUUAAAUGGAUUAUUUACUAGCAGUCCCUGUUUAAAGCGUUUGAACAAAGUCCCCAAGGGAAUAAUAGUAGCUGCCGAUUUGGGCGAAGUUAAAGACAUACUAAAUAAUGGAUCGGCUGACGCUGUAUUUUCUCCCCGAACCUUAAUACCUGGAUAUGAUGUUUUGCCUAACCGUUAUGACUGCACUGCGAGUGGAAUUGGAAUGAUGGUUCGUAAGGAUAACGAACUUCCUGGUUGGUGGAAUCCAGCAUUUCAAUCAUUCUACAAGUCCGGGAACUAUACAGUGUGGUGUAGAACUAUAAAUCAAAAAUUUGGAGGUAUCCGUAUUGAUGAUAGCUACUGCUUACCACCACCUGCUGUUAAACCGACAGCUUCUGGAUCUGGGACACAACCUGGCCAAAUUGUAGGACGGAGAUAAAUAAUUCUGACAGAUAUUACCAUUAAGAUGUCGGACGAAAAAAAACAAGAUUUAUACGGUAUCAUAUUGUGUGAAUGGGAAGAGAUUGACUCAGCAGGUGCUGAAAAUAAUCUUUUAUGCACAAUUUAAAUUUUAUUUACGUUAUUUUGUUGUUAAUAAAAGUUCAUUGUAUCAUCAUGCAUGGUACGCCUGCUUUGCCAAGAUCAUUUAGACUGUAAUUUGAUAAACGCUUCUGUAUUAAAAUUGUGUACAUUUUUUUCUAGCAAAAAACAUUACACCAAAUUGUGGUAUUGUACUCCUUUAAUAUGGCAUUGCUGUAUGAAAUAUAUUCCAAAGUAAAGCCACUGAGAGUGUAGGGCGCCAUUAUUUGAUAUUGGCCCGGUUUGCACUUCUAGGAGGCAUUUGAAACAGCAAAAUAGGUUUUUGAUCUUUUCCCAAAUGACUUUGGAACGUUUUAUUUUGUCUGCA